GCGGGCAGGUUGCUGUUGUUGCAUAGGAAACAGCUGAAGAGUCUCCACAUGACAGAGGGGGAAGGAGGAAGUGGGGCGGCCCGUAGGGUGCCGCCAGCGCGCCGGUAGCCGCGGAGCUCGGGUGCCCGUCGCGCUGCGCGUCCCCCCGCGGCGGGCGAGUCUCGCGGUCCGGGCUGAGCGCGGCCGGAGAGCUCUCCGGGCCCAAGUGCCCCCGCCGGGAGGAAGCGGUGGCGGCUCUUGCGGGGCUUCCCGCCGGCCCGCCGCGGGGCAUGAACGGCUUCGCUCCCGAGGAGCUGCCCCAGCGCGGGGCCGAUCCCGCCGCCGCAGCCGCCGCAGCCGCGGCGAGCGGAGCGGGCUCCGUGGCGGAGGUGCCGGCGGGGCUGGCGCCCCCGGGGCUGACUGCGGGAGCCGCGGGCUCGGCGGGCGCGGCCGGGGCGGGCGGCCCCGGGGCCGGGCAGCUGUGCUGCCUGCGGGAGGAGGGCGAGCGGUGCGGCCGCGCCGCCGGCAACGCUAGCUUUAGCAAGAGGAUCCAGAAGAGCAUCUCGCAGAAGAAGGUGAAGAUCGAGCUGGACAAGAGCGCGAGACACCUUUAUAUCUGUGACUUCCACAAAAACUUAAUUCAGAGUGUGAGAAAUAGAAGGAAGAGAAAAGGCAGUGAUGACGAUGGUGACUCACCAGUGCAAGACAUCGACACUCCCGAGGUUGAUUUAUAUCAGUUACAAGUGAACACACUUCGAAGGUACAAAAGACACUUCAAGCUACAGACCAGACCGGGACUUAACAAAGCACAGCUUGUUGAAAUAAUUGGCUGCCAUUUUAGGACAAUUCCAGUGAAUGAAAAGGACACCUUAGCGUAUUUCAUCUACUCGGUCAAGAAUGACAAGAACAAACCAGACCUAAAGAUGGAUAGCAGUGUUCAUUAGGCAGGGAAGACUGGGACUGAGACUCAGGCCACAAAUCAAAAGACUGAGGGUUUUUGUUGAUAUGCAAAAGCUUUCUUUGUAACCUUUUGUCCCCAGAGAGUUUCUCUGUUUUAUUUUUUCAUAACCUUGAUGAUUUGAGAACCAUCUCUUAUGAAACAAAUUUCCUCACAAACUAUUUUAAAUAAAUAUUACUGAUAUUGUUGCUCAA